AUGAGCCUCCUAAGUCUUUAUACUGGGGCGGCUAAGCAGGUUCCCCCAGGGGCAGGUUUUUUAGGCAAUCAUUGCGGUGGCUCCAACCACCUCAUAUCACGUAGACUCACCCACUACCAUGUUCCAGAAUUCCCAGAUCUGUUCUUCAGAUGGUACAGCUUCCACAAAGAUUACAAAAAUGUAAAACCUGCAACACAAACGAACCUCACUAACUUAAGACUACGGAAACCAGCCUGCCUCUCAACCGUGCCACCAUCCGCAGCCCAGCCCUCAUCUCAGCGGAAGGAGAGAGAUGACAGCGUGGACAACUACCUCAAGAUGGUGUUGGAAAACUUCGCUGAGGCCAUGAAGACGGGUAUUCCCAUCCUAGGCAUACCCGUUCUUGAUCCCUUGAACGUCGGGUCCAUCGACAUUCCGAGUAUAGAGGGUCCUGAGUUCAGCCUCCAAGCUAACGCAUCUCAGCUCCUCAUCAGCGGCCUCUCCAGCUUCUCUCCGACGGCUGUGCAUGUUGAUUUCCAGCAAGCAGCGCUAACUCUCGGUCUCCACAUCGUCACUGUUCGGGUCGACGGUCAAUAUUGGGCUGACGGUCUCCUGUUGAGUGUCUUCCCCAUCUUUGGAAAUGGUCCUUUCUAUAUCCAGAUCGUUUCGACUGAUAUUAGCGGACUGGGAGAUGUUACAGUCACUCCAGACGAUUACCUUCAGAUCGAGGACCUUCAGCUGGCGGCCGCGUUCGACGUCCUCGACGUUCACUUCGACAACUUCUUGGGCGGAGGAUCUUUCGGGGAAAUCGUGAGCGGCGUUUCUUUCCGAUCUGGCGGAGCUCAUCCUGGCCGGGGUGAGGCCGGGGAUCGUUUCAGAGCUGCCAACUAUACUUCAAAAUCUCCUAACUUACCUCUGUGCUUACCUUAUUGUUCAUCUCGUUAUGUGUGA